CCACACCAAUCUUCUCUACUCGACGACAUCACACGAUCAUCCUUUAAACCCGCACCGCCGGCACCGCACAGUCGCUCACCAAUCGCCAGCUUCAUCGCUACUAGAGACAAUACUCCUCCCAGCCCUUCUAGCUAUGCGAUAAGCUAUGCCCCCGCGACUCUUCUUCUCCGCGUGCCGCGCGCAUCCGGUCGUCCCCCGUCUAUGCAUCCGCACACAACGCUUCCACACCACGCCAACACAACGGACAUCUGUCGAAGACCUCACCCGCAAGACACACUACCAGCGCCUCAAUGUGCCCACUGAUGCCUCCCCCGCGACAAUAAAAAAAUCCUUCUACGCCCUAUCCAAAGCGCACCACCCAGACACCAACCCCUCGCCCUCUGCCGCCUCCCUAUUCGCCCUCCUCUCCGAAUCAUACACGGUGCUCUCUAAUGCCACCCGCCGCGCCUCCUACGACCGUGACACCCUGCGCCUCCAGCCCGCCCGCGGAGGCUCCUACUCGAGCACACAGAGUCCAGCUGGCGGCCGGCCCGCGUCUGGGCUAUCUAAACGGCGCGGGUCAUUCCGCGGACCUCCUCCUAGCUUUUACCGCAGCGGCGGCUGGGGCGACCGCACAGAGAAGCGCCGCACGGCACAUGAGACGUCAACCGGCGGCGAGGGGGCGAACGCAGAGCAACAGCACCGCCAGCAUACAGAGGCGGACUCGGGGCUGGGCGGUAUGGGACCGGGAAGUAACCCAUUCAAAGACGCCGAGUACGUGCGGUCAACGCCCCAUUUCGAUAAGGAGAGCCAUACCAAGACGCACAAGGCGGAAGAUCGACGGCGCUGGGAGCGCAGACGGAGAGCCGUGGAUGAGGAUGGCGUAGAAUUCGAGCCGCAGGCGAGCUUGGGGGCGCAUUUCCUCAUCGUGGCGGGUAUUUUAGGCGCAACCAUUGUAGCGCCCAUGGUGUAUCUGCAGUUUCUACGGUUGGAGAGGCAUAAAAGAGAGGCGUAACAAGACGUCGCAACACGGUAUAAAUCAUUUCAUUGUACGAUAUAGAUAUACGCGCGGCCACACAUCUGAUCAUAGAGUAUACAAAAGCAACAGUAUGCAGUGACAAAAGAAAGUAUAUU